CAAGCCAUUCUGGGUGCUGUUGCAUCUCAUCAGAGCAUCCCACAACAAGCCACAGCUCCAGUCCGCCACCAUGUCCACUCACAGCGACCUUAUCCACAUCUUCAAAGGAAUCCCCUUCACUACACGAUCCUCAGCCGAGCUCCUGAAAUGUCUGGGCUCAUUCCAGGCCCACGAGGAUGACCUCCUUCUCGUCUCCUAUCCCAAAUCCGGUACUCACUGGCUUGCUGAGAUCAUGAAGCACCUCUACAAUUCAAAGGUCACCCUCACCUCGCCCAUCGAAUUCGGGGACAUUUCCAAACUGGAAGAACUAAACAACAUCACCACCAAGAGGAUAAUCCCAACACACCUUGGCUACAACAUGCUGCCCCAAGACUUCAAGACCAAGAAGUGCAAGGCCAUCUACAUCAUCCGUAACCCCAAAGACACAGCCGUCUCCUUAUUCCAUUACUACAGAGACAACCCCAACCUACCCACUAUUGACAUGUGGAGCACCUACUUCGAUAUGUUCCUGAAUGGACAAGUUGUAUACGGAUCCUGGUUCGACCACAUCCUGAGCUGGGAAGAGCACCAGAAUGAGAUGGGGACUCUCUUCCUCUACUAUGAAUCCAUGAAAAAGAAUCCCUUUAAAUCGGUGAGGGCAAUCAGCUCUUAUCUGGGAAUAAACAUUAAUGACAAUGAAAUCCACGAAAUCUGCAAGAAAACCUCAUUUUCCGAGAUGAAGAACAGUGCAGAGAACGAAAUAAGUGACCCGAAUCACACCGUCUGCUCUCUGACUUCUAACCGCAAAAUGAUCUUCCGGAAAGGCACUGUCGGGGACUGGAAACAGUAUUUCUCCACCAAGCAGAACAGACUGUUUGAGGAGCUCUACAACACCAAGAUGAAUACCAGCUGUCUUGCCAAACGCAUCCACUACGAGAACUGAGUCCAUCCGUCAGUUCAGACUUUAUUGUUACUGAGAGACUUCCUCCAUACCAGACAGACUGGCACAGGAAAGGUCAAAAACAAGGCAGAUGCAUGGACAAUUAAAGGAUUCCUCCACCCUGUAGUGGGACUCUGCAGAGUUUACCAGUUAACAAUGGCGGCCACAGCCCUAAGAUGUAACAGCCGGGUGACCAAAUGACACGUCUAAGCUUGAGUGGCCACCUAGCAUAAACCUCAGGGGCAUCUUUAUAAACAUGGACAGCUGUCUCGCCACUUCAGUUCUGAUGGAACAUUUUACCUAUGUUCCCUAAAUAUGUGAAAACAUGAAAAAGGAAAUCUUAACAUCAAAAAGCUGUCCAAAAAUAGCUGAAAAAUAAAAUGUAAAGGAGAGAUAAUUGUCAGCUUGCAAAAAGAUCCUGACACUUAUCCACUGAUAUUACUGAAUAACAGCUGGUUUAGGAUGCGGAAAAUUGGCAGACAGAAUCUAUACAUAAAUUGGCAAAAUCUGUCCUUGUGUAGAUCUCUCUGGGUUAUUUUUAUUGCUGUUGUAAAAAGGUUUCACAUUGAUGAAUCUGGCAGAAUAUAGACAGGUUUUUAUAAACAGGCCAAGUGGUGGAUUUACUGCAUUCUCCAGUGGAUCCACAAGGUGGCACUAUAUGUCUGCCCAGAAGCGAGUCAUCCAUGCCCUCUAGAUUUAAAUCCAUAAAUGCCAUUUAACACUGUUUUAAAACUUCUAUAAUUUCCCUUCUGGAAUAUUCUCAGGAACUAUGAAAUAUUUUACACUGAAGAUGUUAAGAAAAAUUAUAUUUUUAUAUUUAUAGAGUACAAAGGGAGCAUUUUUAGUAACGCUUUGCUAAAUCUCUGUUGAAUUUGGCAACCAGAAACAGGUUCCUAUAAUGCAAAGUGCCAUACGACCUCUGUAUGCUUUGGAGGUAACAGAUGUCACAUGCUUGUCUUCUAUCCUCCGACGCAGGUCACAUGAUCUCUGCUAAGGAGGCUCAGACAGAUAGGAAAGAGACAGCCAAUCAGCAGCUCUGCUUAAAUGACUGUCAUGCACUUCUUCAGCGACCACAUGACCAAUGACGUGGCAUCCAUCACAUGACCAUAACCAGAAGAGAAAUGAGACUUCUUCAGAAAGCAUGACUUCUCUAAGGCUGCAUUCACACCUUCAUGCGUGUUUCUGGAAACUCGUGAAAAAUGCGGAAAACAAGCCUCACACUUGCGCUGCUAUUAUUUAUCGUCUAAUAUUAGCACUCCAACCAUGGGUAGCAGUCUGGCAUUUUGUUGCACAUUUACUGUGCAACAAAACGUGCAUCGCAAAAUACGCUUGGCUCACUGCCCAAAAAGGUACAUGAGCUAAGUGAAUGGACUGUCCUAUGAUGUGUGAUAAAUGCACCAAAAAAAACGCAGUAAACGCAUUGCACAGGUGUGAAAGCAGCCUUUCUGAUGCCUUAGAAGGCAAUUUCAAUACCUCAAAAUCAUAUAGUUUUUGGUGGACACGCGCUUUGCGCAGCUUUCAGCAUGUGGUAAAACAAGCCCAGCUGUUUCCUCUAUUUUUGAUGUGCCUUUUUCAGUCUGUUAGAACAAACCCCUUUUGAUUUUAUAUUUAUCUGUUCAAAAAACACGUAUUGGUCCUGCCAGAAAUCUUUUGAGCUAAAAACUUCCUGUGAUUCACUGUUCUCAGUUACAUUGUUUCCUGUUAGUUCUGGACUAAAACACUUUCCCAAUAUGUCAUGGGAUGGGGGAGAUGUUUUGUGGUUCCAUCCAAGGGUGACAAUGCUGCCCUGCUAUAGACACAGUACAAUGAGUGGGUAUUGUCACCCUAGGACAGGAAGUGUGGUAUUGGCAGAAUCACCAGGUGAAAGUAAAGGGGGGGGGGAUUACUAAAAAAAAUAAAACCAUUGUAGCCAUCAUAUCUUAGUUGUGCAUCAUGUAACGUGGAGAAACUGCCAGAGGCAUCUUCAUUAAGCAAUAAGAAAAAACAUCAUCUGUGUGAGAUUUUCCCCAGAACAAUGGAAGUUUAACACUUAAUAUUUGCUGUGAGUUGCUGAACCCUUUUAUUUAAUUUUUUUUUUUUUUUAAAGGGACGCUGUCAUUGGCAAUUACCCUGCCAACCAGCACCACAAGGUGGCAGUAGAUUCCUAUUGGUGGUGACUGAUAUUCUGCACUUUUCUGAUUGAAUCUGUCAUGGUCAUCCCACAAACCCUUUAGUUGCAUUGUAAAUAGGAAAGAUUAAGAUACGAUUUAUCUGAGUGACAUUUCCCAGGGCCGCAGAACUGAUCUUUUCAUCGCCAUCUGUUUAUCUAUGGAAGGAUCCGCAGAUGGGUGGAAGAUUUGCUGGUGGCCUCAGGGGAGAAACUUGAUUCUGUAUUAUUUGCUGUGUAUUUUGUAUCUUAGAAAUUCAUGUUUUUAUUUCUUUCAAUAAACUACUUUAUGUUCUUACAGUA